UAAUUGAGCUGCGACAGCAUUGGCUGGUAGGUGAAGCCUAUAUAAGAAUAGCUUCCAUACAAAAGGCUUACAAACCAAGUGAGCUGCAAUAUCAAAGCUGCCAUGGAUGUCUCUUCGAAAUGGCUCCAUUUGAGUCUUGUUCUCAUGUGCAUUGUCCUUCAUUUGAGUGCAGUCAGUCUUGGAGAUGACAAGCUUGACAAAACUAGGUACCAUGAUGAUGAUUGUCGAUUUGGGGGCCGACGACGAUGUGGUGGUAGGUGGGGUGGGGGUGUAGGAGGUGGUGGUGGAUUUGGUGGUGGGGGAGGUGGUGGUGUUGGAGGCGGUUCGGGUCAUGGUGGAGGUUUUGGAGCCGGAGGAGGUUUAGGUGGUGGAAUUGGAGGAGGAAUUGGGGGUGGCAGCGGUAGUGGUGGCGGAGGCGGAGGCGGAGGCGGAGGUGGUGGCGGUGGAGUUGGUGGGGGUUCGGGGCAUGGUGGAGGCUUUGGAGCUGGAGGUGGUGUAGGUGGUGGAGGUGUUGGAGGUGGAGGAGGAGUUGGAGGAGGUGGAGGCGGAGGCGGAGGUGGUGGUGUAGGUGGAGGAUCUGGCCACGGGGGUGGGUUUGGUGCAGGUGGGGGUCUCGGAGGCGGUGGUGGUUCUGGAGGAGGCAUAGGGGGUGGUGCGGGAAGUGGUCAUGGUGGUGGCCAUGGAGGAGGCAUUGGAAUUGGUAUCGGCAUUGGAAUUGGAAUUGGUGGUGGUGCAGGCCACGGAUCCGGAAGUGGGUCUGGUAGUGGCGGUGGUCAUUGAGAGUUAAAACUCAUCAUGCCUCAAAAUAUGUACUUUUGUGUACCUGAACAAAUUUAUUAAACUAGAACUCUCAUUUUAGAGUUAUCUUAUUAACAAUAUCACCAUCUUAAUAUGUGAAAUGGUGGCCUUUACAUGAAAGUCUAUAGUUUCCACUGUCAAACUACUGCAAAUGGUGUUCCUUAAUGAUUUGGUUUGGGGCAGUUUUUAUAUGAUUUUUCCUGAGUUGUCUAUUUGUUGUAAUGAGAAGUGUCGUAGUCAUUUGAAUUGUAGUUUCCUCUUGUAGUUGGUGACUUUGACAUUUUUUUUCCUCUUGGCUUACCAGAAGUAACAUAGUUGUCAAAAUCAUUCUAAAACUGAAAGGUUUUCGUUCUCA